CUAAGAUUGUGGCUGGAUGGCUUUUCUAUCUCCCGGUAAAGGUAUUAGAGCAGGCUAGACGCGAUGUGUACAAAAAAACAUUGAAGCCUGUGUAAUUUUUAGGACUUGACUUCUGUGCAAUGCAGACUUGCACAACUCGUACCCGUGCAGGGCCACGAACAGGUACAUGCAGUCGACUCCUUGUAGCUCCACGGUGUUCCUUAAAUCCUUAUACUACAAGCUUGCGUGCGCGUCGGGCUGCCACAUCUCCGGGUACCUCCGUACCUGGCGUUUCACCAGAGCUUUUCUUGGGUGGCGCAAAAGGUAACACGGGGAUGAGCACACGUGCUGUGCCCAACUCAGCCGCUGCCAACGGCGACGACAAGCGUGCAAAGAUCGGCGUCCUCUUUGUGUGUCUAGGCAACAUCUGCCGCAGCCCUACCGCUGAAGCCGUGUUUCGCUCCGUGGUUGAGCGCGCGGGGCUGCAGGCGGCGUUCGACAUCGACUCCUGCGGCACCGGCGGGGGCAACCCGGACUGGUUCAUGGAGGGCGGUUGGUCGUACCAUGAAGGGGACCCGGCGGACUCCCGAAUGAGCAUGGCAGCUCGAAAACGCGGCGUGCGGCUGACCUCCCGCUCCCGGCCGCUGCAGCCGCCCGACUUUAACCGCUUCCAAUACAUCGUAGGAAUGGACGGAGCCAACCUGAAGGCUAUUCGGACGGCUGCGGACUACUGGCUGGUGCGACCCAUGGGUCAGGGCAAGGUCCCCCCCGACUACGCCACCCGCAUCAGCCUCAUGACCAGCUACUGCCGCAAGUCCAAGGGGGAGACCGAGGUGCCGGAUCCCUACUAUGGAGGACUAUCGGGUUUUGAGCGUGUGCUGGACCUGCUGGAAGACGCGUGCGAGGGGCUGCUCGACACGAUACGCCGUGAACACGGGUUGUGAGCUUGUGAUAGGAGCUGGCGUGCUAAGCGGCUGAUCCUAGGUUCGAUAGGUGCAAUCCUGGUCCAAGACCCUUGGCUUGACGACACGUUUGAUACUUAACCGAAAAACACCGGCAAACACACAUUGGAACAAUUUAUGAUAUAUAGAUAAGAAACGAAUGCAUGCUGGAUGUACAAUCCAUGUUCCGUGUUCCGCUUGGUAGGGACAAGUGAGCAUACAGUACUGGUGGCUGGGCACGUGAUGGCGUUUGGCCACGACAUGCGAACACACUUUUAUGUCGUUAUGUGCAGGCCUGUGGGGAGGCGUGGAACGAGCUACCGUAUGUUGACAAAGGUCGCUCUAGAGCUUGGGAACGAGCUGGGCACCUUGAGGAGAUAGUAGAAGCGGACAAUGUGAGGAUGAGGGGUAUAAACGAAGGACAAACACUUGCAGGAGAAGCAGGGCACUUCUCGAACAGCCUCGUUCCGCUCCAAACCGCAAAGAUGACCCGUGGGUCUGAAACCGAAACACAGAC